AUGGAACUACCGGAAGGCCUUCAGCCUCUGCUCCUCGCCGGAGGCCUAUCAUCUCGAAUGGGGACGCCUAAGCACCUUCUCCCUUUCAAAGACGGGGAACCGGUUUACAAGCAUCUACUUCGCCAGCUACGGGAGGCAUGCCCCAAUGCCAAGAGUGUAUUCGUAUCUCUACGAGACCCUCAGCAGAUGUCUGGUCUGACCGCCGUUCCUGGCAUCGCCACGGAAAUCCUACAUGACGGUUUCUGGCACCAAGAACAGUACCGCCAAGGCCCAGAUAUUGGACCAGCGGCGGGACUUCUGGCCGCACACAAACACUCACCGCAUUCGCAUUGGCUAGUACUCGCUUGCGACUAUCCCUUCGUGACCACUGCUGCGCUUAUCCACCUGAAUGAGCAGUUCGAGGAGCCUCUGACGUGCUUCAAGAACGAGAAGGGUUUCGUAGAGCCGCUGAUUGCCAUCUGGAGUCCUCAAGCCUUGAGACAGCUUGAAGACAAUGUACGUCACGGAAUGACUGGACCGACAAGAGCUGUGAAGAUGCUUGACACGAAGGCAAUAUCGCCCCUUGAGCCACGAACGCUAAUGAACACAAACACAAAGGAAGAGUGGGAUAAAGCUAUAGGGCUUGCUGGCAUUAUUUAA